GCAGCAAAAAGACCGCCCGUUGAAGAGACGGCCGGAUUUCUACAGACAUUACUGACCAAUCAUGGGCCCAAUUAUCUGGAAAAACUGUUCGGCAAUAAAGCGAGGGAUGCGUUGGCCCCACUCGGAGGAGCACAUAAAGUAGCCGUUGCCCUCUCAGAGAGUGAGACGUUAGAUGACUUUGGAAAGGCACUGCAUUUGAUGAGAAGUGACCUGGAGCACCUGCGAAACGUGUUCAUGGCGGUCGAGUCUGGCGAUGUGGGUCUACUGAAAUCCCUGGGCAUCAGAGACACGGAAUUAGCGGAUCUGAAGCUAUUUCUCGAUAAGUUAGUCAGCACUGGAUUCAUGGAUUAGGUGCUGACAUGAGAUUGUUUGUCAUAUAUUGUCAUAAACCUCAUGAAUGCAUAACAAUACAAACAGUUUAUAAAUUAGAGGUUUAAUUGUAAAAACAGGUUUCUAUGAUAGCAACUCAGCUUUUUCUGUUUAUUUUCCGUAUAUUUUCAAUGACUUCUAAAAUAUUCAGUGACAUUUUUAUAUACAAAAACAUAUGGCAUAAGAUAUUAUAUUCUUAAUCGCAAUUCUAAUCAUAUUUUACUAAUCGGUUUGUCAAGUGAUUCGUGUUAUAAGAGUUCAAACAAAUUUCUUAUUAAGAAAUAUACAAUUAAUUUGAUUACAACUAAAUUCAAUUUAUAAUACAUUUCGUGACAGUGUGUUAAGGGGUUUGGGAGCACAGGAAAGACAAAGUGAUUUAUAUUUGAAAGAAAAAUGAAAGCCACGACUCGUGAAAAAAUAUAUUUAUAUUUAUAUUAGUUGUUAGUGUUUUUAGGUGACAUUUAUUUUGUGUGUCCGUAUGAUUUAUAACUCUCCCCGAGAUAUCUAUUUUGAUUAAAGUAGUGAAUAAAUUCUGGAAAUAAAUUAUCAAAAGUCAAUUUACAGAUAAUUAUUAAAAUUCCUGUAAAUACUGUAAUGAUUUACUUCCAUUUGAAUCCCAUUAUGGCUGUAAUAACAUUAGCUAUAAAUUAUUAUUAAUAUGGCUAUUAUGAGAAUAGAUAUUUUAUUUGAUCAAAAU